AUGUCGGCCACAGGGCGGGUAAUAAACCUGCCUGAGCCUGGCUGUGUCCCAUCGUCCGAGGAGCCCAGAGGCAGGCGUUCCCAAGCGACACUCCUGCAGAAAGCACUGGCGGGGGAUGAGGGUUUGGCCACUGCAUGUUUUUCAGAGAAAGCUGAUAACAGCAGGGGCAGCAGUGCGCGGCUCCCUGUCUCUAUCCGAACGUUUGCUGUCAGGUCUGGGCAGAUAUUUCUCUUCUCCACUUUGUACGAAUGCCCGUGUCUCACGGAGCCUUCUCUCUCCCUGCAGAGCUGCGCGCUGCCCCAGGAGAUAGGAGAAGAUCUGCCCACCACAGAAGCAGCAAAGCGUGAGGGGACAACUUCCCAAACGGUGAAUCCUGAGCAACUAGGCAGACAGAUGGAGAGCUGGCAGGCAGCGACUGCCUAUGGAGAAAUGGGUCCGGGAGGGAUUAAUGCCAUCGCUGGAGUCCUUGUUCAGUCCAGCAAGGAGAAGAUGGGCCUCUACCAGGCCAUGAUGAGAGGUGUUCUCACGCCGGGCACCGCGCUGGUGCUGCUGGAGGCGCAGGCUGCCAUGGGGUUCAUCAUCGACCCAGUGAGGAACAAGAAGGUGCCAGUGAGAGACGCACUCGCUGCUGGGCUGACAGGUGGAGAUUAUUACGGGAAGCUGCUCUCUGCAGAGAGAGCAGUGACCGGCUACACUGACCCCUACACGGGCAACAAGAUCUCCCUCUUCCAGGCCAUGGAGAGAGACCUGAUAGUCAAAGACCACGGCAUCCGCCUGCUGGAGGCCCAGAUCGCCACCGGAGGCAUCAUUGACCCCGUGCACAACCAUCGAAUCCCUGUGGAGGUGGCUUACAAGCGGGGCUACUUCGACCAAGAGUUAAACCGGAUCCUUUCUGAC